CCUUCUGCGUGUGCACAUGUAUAGUACAUAUCUGGGAUCAAAGCUAUCUAUAUAAAGUCCUUGAUUCUGUGUGGGUUCAAACACAUUUCAAAGCUUCAGGAUCCUGAAAGGUUUCGCUCUGCUUCCUGAAGACCUGAACACCGCUCCCAUAAAGCCAUGGCUUGCUUUGGAUUCCAGAGGCACGAGGCUCGCCUGGACCUGGCUUCCAGGACCUUGCCCUGCACUGCCCUGUUUUCUCUUCUCUUCAUCCCUGUCUUCUCCAAAGCGAUGCACGUGGCCCAGCCUGCAGUGGUGCUGGCCAGCAGCCGGGGUGUCGCCAGCUUUGUGUGUGAGUACGCGUCUUCAGGCAAAGCUGCUGAAGUCCGGGUGACAGUGCUACGGCAGGACAACAGCCAGGUGACUGAAGUCUGCGCUGCGACGUACAUGGUGGAGAAUGAGUUGACCUUCCUCGAUGAUUCCACCUGCGCUGGCACCUCCAGUGGAAACAAAGUGAACCUCACCAUCCAAGGGCUGAGGGCCACGGACACAGGGCUCUACAUCUGCAAGGUGGAACUCAUGUACCCGCCGCCAUACUACAUGGGCAUGGGCAAUGGAACCCAGAUUUAUGUCAUCGAUCCAGAACCAUGCCCAGAUUCUGACUUCCUCCUCUGGAUCCUUGCAGCAGUUAGCUCGGGAUUGUUUUUUUACAGCUUUCUCAUCACAGCUGUUUCUUUGAACAAAAUGCUAAAGAAAAGAAGCCCUCUUACAACAGGGGUCUAUGUGAAAAUGCCCCCAACCGAGCCAGAAUGUGAAAAGCAAUUUCAGCCUUAUUUUAUUCCCAUCAAUUGAGAGGACAUUAUGAAGAAAAAAGACCAUAUGACAAUUUCUAAGAGAUCAAGCAAUUCUAACUUUUUUUGCUGUCCGGCUUUUUUUUUUUUUUUUAUUUGUUUGUGUAUUUUGGGGGGAAUUCAUCUCUUUUUAAUAUAAAGCUGGAUGCAGAACCCAAAUUAAGCAUACUGCAAUUUAAAGCAAAGGGGCAGGAAAACAGAGCCGGGACGUUUCUGUCAUAUCAGGUCCAAUUUUAGUAAAAGCAUCAUAUGGGAGCAAUAUGGAAAUGCAGCAUUAUGAUGUAGGGUCAAGGGAAUCAGUUUGGAAAUGGUACAGUCCGAAGAAAGGAAGGAAGGGGCAAGGGAGAGGCAUAUAUUGUACACAACUUGUAUUUAUGUGUGAUUCGUUUAUAGCUGAGAUGAUCUUUUUGUGUUAAAUUUUUAUGCCAUGUUAUUUUUCUUAACAAAUGUAUAAUUACAUGAAGACUUUAAAAAACUCACAUGACUACGUUUUAGCCAGUGAUUCCAAAGGUUGUAUUGUACCAAUAUGUAUUUUUUUUAUGUGAUAGUAUUGUACAUGGGGGCCACAUGUGUUUUUGUGUAUUUGCUGAUGGUUUGAAUAUAAACACUAUAUGGCAGUGUCUUCCCACCAUCGGUUCUGGGGAAGUUUUGUGGAGAAGCUCAGGACACUAAUGCACCAGGUAAAAUACAAGGUCAUUUGCUAACUGGCUUGGAAACCGGGUGAGCUCGGAGCAGUACUCAAUUGUACUGAAUUAAACUGAAUUGGUGUUAACAUGUGCUUUGGGCUUCUUUCAAUGGUUUGCAAGGAAGCCAAAGUGAGUGUAUCUGAGUUAACUUGACAGAACACUGUUGUCAAGGCAAAGGCUCACUCCAGGAGACCUGUAGGUAUGACCUCCUAGGAAGCUCCAGUUCCAUGGGCCCAAUUCCUUACAAACACAUGGUUAAUGCCAUGGACAGAAGAAAGCAGCAGUUGGCAGAAUGGGCUGCACGAAGGUUUCUGAAAACUAACACUGUUGGUGUUUUGUAACUCAAUAUUUUCCAUGAAAAUGCAACAACAUGUAUAAUAUUUUUAAUUAAAUAAAAAUCUAUCGUGGUUGUU